AUGGGUUUCGAUGAUGGAUCAUUCAAUAGUCAAAGUUAUAGUACUUCAUUUAAUAGUUUAAAUAAUUUCUAUAUUCCUCUUAACCAAUCACAACAACCACAACAACAAUCUCAAGUACAACAACAACAACCACCAACACAACAAGUACAACAAAACAAUGAAUUAUUAUCAAGUGGUGGUAUUCAAAACAAUUCUGAUAUUGUUGUAAAUAAUAAUCCAGUAUUUCAAAAUCUAAACUUAGGUCAUUUAGGUGCUGAUAAAAUUAUUUAUGAAGGUUUAUUAAUUAAACAAACUAAAAUUUUAAAGAGAUGGGAUCCAAAAUAUUUUUGUUUAUUAAAUUCAUCACUUAUUAAUUUUUAUGAUACAACAAAAACUCGUGUUCAUCGUGUUUUCUAUUUGGAUCAAAUUUCAAUUUCAUACAAGAAAAUGGCGACUGAUACAGAGAUAAAAAUAUGUUUAUUAAUUCAAGAUAGUGGUCGUACUCAUUAUCUUUAUUCACAAAUUCCAAAUCAAACUGAAGCUUGGAUUAAUGCUUUAGUUACACAAAAAAAGAUUUUAAUGCAAGCAAAAUCAAAUCAAUUCUUAAUGAAUUCAACUCCAUCUUAUCCUUCAUUCCCAUUAUCAACUUCACCACCACCAUAUUAUAAUAACAAUAAUAAUAGUAAUAAUGGUAAUAGUUUUGGUAUGAUGAUUGAGCAAGCUCAACAACAAGCUCAACAACAAGCACAACAACAACAAGCACAAUUAUCACAAUCAUAUCAACAACAACAACAACAACCAUCAGUUGUUAAUAAUACUUAUAACUUUUAUUCAUAUCAACCACAACCACAACCAUAUCAACCACAAUAUAAUAUUCCAAUUGAUAGGUCAGUUGAUCCAAAUAUUUUAUUUAAUAAUAAUACUGGUUUCAUUCAACAACAACAACAAUUACAAUUACAAGCUGCUGCUCAGCAACAAUAUCAACAACAACAACAACCACAACAAUCUAAUAAUAAUAAUAAUAAUAAUGAUGUUCAAUGGAUUCAACAUAAAGUUUUAACAACUGAUACAUUGGCUGGUAUUGCAAUUAAAUAUAAUACUACAAUUGAUGUAAUUAAAAGAAUUAAUUUAAUUCAAGGUAAUAAUUGUAUUAGUCAUCAAACUUUAUUGGUACCUUCAUCUGGUGUUGUUAAUUAUCAACCACAACAAGUUCAACAACCAGCCAACUCUGAGGAUGAAAGAAAGAGAAAGCUCAUUCAAUUGUUUGCUGUAUCUGAAAACAUCUCAAAGGAAGAGGCUAGAUCUUAUUUGGUUAAUAAUGAUUGGGAUUUCGCAAAAUCAAUUAAAGUGUUUAGAGAUGAUUUAGAUUGGGAAUCUAAUCAAAAAUAUAAUUAA